AUGUUCCUCUUCUCCAAAAAACACAAGACUCCCAUCAGCACUUACACCGACUCCUACCGCCCACCAUGCUCUGUCAAAAAGACCAUCUAUGACCAGGGUGCACAGCAGCUCGAGAAAGAAAACAAGUUUGUGACCAAGAAUUAUCCAGUGCUGCAGUUACAGCCUCAGAGCGAUGUUGUGUGGGACACGAGCCACUUCAUGAGGACAGGAGGAGUCCAGCGAGGGAGCUACACCAUCCACCCUGAGUUUACCUCAGAGGCUUAUUCUGCCCUGUGCCACUGGUGA